AGAGCAUCUGUGAAUUGCCUUCAUUCUGGUAUCCGCCUGACUAAGCUCUUGGACGACCAAUUUUGCGGUCAUCAACUGAAGCGGAGAUGGUGAAAAGAAAAUCGUCUCAAAGAGAAGACGAUGAGUUAAUGCUGAACCGACCAGUAGAUGACCGUGAGGAGGAGGAAUACGACGUUGCUGAUCUGUCUGCCAUCCCUGCCCCGAAGAUCGAAUUUGUUAUGCCAAAUCUUACUCCGUUAGAAGGUGCGAAGAAGCAACCACUGAAGAAGAAAACUUCGAAGGCGUCAAGUCCACCGUCAUCAUCAUCGGGGGAAAGUUUAACCUCUGAACAGCUCAAUAUAGAGAUUGUUCAUUUGCGGCCCACUGUGCAAAAAGCGCAGAGAUUUUUGGUUCAGCGACUGGUGAGGAAAAUGAAACGUCUGGAAAAACUGUUGGAAGAGAAGGAAACUGAUGCUGUGAAACGAAAAGUGGCAAGAUACGAAGAAGAAAUCCAUUUUGUUAAAAAGAUCAAGAAAGAUGAAGUGUCGAAGUUUGCUCUUUUGAAUAAGAAAACUUUGGAUCUGCUUCAAAUCACGGAUAAAACGCCAGUCAAAGACAGGUGUAUCUUCAAGCUAGCAUGUGAACCUCCAAUGGUCAAAGCGAUAGAGUCAUUUAGAUCGCGCUAUCCGUCUUGGGAAGUGACAACGGCAUUUCUUUUGCAAAGAUUAGGCUUACAAUACAGUUCUGCGAAAGAUGAAAAGUGGCCAUUAGCAGGUAGCGAAGGGGAGGAGAGCGACGGCAGUAGGAGUGAUUCUGAAGAAAGCGAGGAGGACAGUCCUAUGAAAGCUCAACCGAAAAUACAGGCGAAGAAGAAACUAACAAAAGACUCUUUCUCCGAAACACCAAGCAAGGCAGAGCCUACGAAACAGUUGAAAAGGAAAAGAGUUAGAAGAGGAAGUGAGGUUUCUGAAGAUACUAAAGGAGAAAAGAUUGUUGCGAUAGGACCAGCCACUGAUAAUGCUGACAAACCAGGAGCGGAAAGCGGCAGUAGCGAAAAAUCUUCACCUGUUAAAGAGACGGUUUUGAAGAAAAAGAAAUCUGUUUCUUUGCCAUCACCAGCCAAGCCAACGCUUGUGAAGAAGAAGAAGUCUCUUCCCUCACAGUCCUUGGCAGACAAGACAACUAGUCCCAAGAAAAAGAAGUCCCUAGGAGUGAAUUCGGAAAAAUCCGGAGAAGGCGCUGGCAUACCCUCCGAGUCACACAAAUUGGCUGUAGUGAAGAAAAUAACCCUUGGGGGGACAGGCGAGAUCAAGUUGGAUAAGCGUCCGGCUCCUUCCAUUCAUCAGCAAAAACACACGACUGAAAAUAUCGAACAAGACAAUUUCUUCAUGCCAGUUUCCGCAUCCACAUCUAAUAACGAUGUCAAAAGACGCCAGGACGAAAUCGCUGUGACCACAGAAAAGAAGAAAAAUCGACUUUCUGAAGAAAAUAAGCACUUUUCGUACAAAAGUGGUGUCAACAAGAAGUCGAUCGGAAAAACGAGACCAAAGUCAUUUUCCAGUAAUGACCUCUCGCAUCCGAAAUUGGCGAAGAAGCAAGAAACGCCCGAAGAUCUCCAUCCGUCGUGGGCCGCCAGACGAUUAGCAAAAGAACGUCAGUUGUCUGCUCCACAAGGCAAAAGGAUAGUUUUCGAGAAAUAGCAUAGCAAUUGUAACUGUUUUGUUUGCUGCCUGUGUUGUUGUUUGUUGUUGAAGUUUAAAUGAAAUGAGAACUACUUAAUGUCAGUCAUCUAACAGGG